AUGGAAGAAGAAGCCCUUCACCACCACAUCAUCCAACUCCCCACUACCCCCCAAGUAGAUCCAUCCAGCGUCAAUCCAGCCGACAUCGCUGAAGGAUGGCUUGCAAGGUUGGACCUCUACUUGGCUGACAGCAGCGCUGUCCAUCUCUCCGAUCUGUUCCAUGAAGACAGCUGGUGGCGUGACAUGCUUGCCCUAGAUUGGGAUUUCCACACCAUCCGGGGCCUGGAAAACGUUCAGAAGUACCUCGACCAGCACCAACCCCGAGUAAAACUGCAGGGCCCGCGCCUGCACGGCGAGGGCGGAGGAGAGCCUGCACUCGAUACCCCCUUUCCUGGGUUCACCUGGAUCACGGCCAUGUUCGCCUUCGAAUCCCGAGUGGGCCACGGGCGCGGUGUCUUCUACCUCACUCCGACCGGGGAGGGAAGUUGGAAAGCGUACUCGGUGUACACUGCCCUGCAAGGACUGCAUGGUGUGGAGGAGAAGCUGGGUCUUCAACGGCCAGAGGGGACGAUCGAGUCGAUGUCUGGAGGCUUGGCUCAGGGUAACUGGCUGGAGCGGCGCCAGAGGGAGAUGGACUUUGUCGACGACCACCCCACAGUUUUGAUCGUUGGAGCAGGCCAAGCAGGACUGAAUCUGGCUGCUCGUCUGCAAACGCUGGGUCAAUCAUGUCUGAUCGUGGAGAAGAAUGAUCGCGUGGGAGAUAACUGGAGAAAACGUUAUCGGACCCUCACCACGCACGAUCACAUCGAAACCUGUCACUUGGCUCACCUCCCCUUUCCCAAGACUUGGCCGAAAUAUCUUCCCAAAGACAAGCUGGCGGACUGGCUGGAAGCCUACGCCACGGUUAUGGAAUUGAAUGUCUGGACAUACACCGAGAUUAGAACCGCCGUCUACGUUGAGCAAUCCCAGCAGUGGACAGUCUGCCUCAUACGAAACGGGGUGGAGCGUAUCCUUCAUCCGCGACAUCUCGCAUGGUGCGCUGGACACUUGGGCUUGCCGAAAAUCCCCAGCUUUCCAGGUCAAGCCGGAUUCGAGGGGAAGAUCUACCAUGCGAGUCAGCAUAUCGAUGCCAGACAGCUGGCACCGCAGGGUAAGACGGUGGUGGUGGUCGGGACUGGCAAUAGUGGUCACGACAUCGCCCAGGACUUUUACCAACAGGGAGCCUCGGUGACGAUGCUCCAACGAGGGCCAACAUAUGUCCUGACCGAGAAGAACGGAUUGCCCUUGCUGCCGGAGAACCAUGGGAUUGACGACAAUCGAACUCCUAUUGAGGAGCAGGACAUCCUGUCGGAGAGCCUACCCUGGCCCGUCACAUUGGCACUCUGCGUGGAUCUGACAAAACGCAUCUCCGCUGCCGACGGAGCAAUUCUUCGGGGACUCAGCGCGGUGGGUUUCAAACUGGACUUUGGCAUUGACGGGGCCGGACUUUUGCGCUCGCUGGUGACCCGAGGAGGGGGAUACUAUAUCGACUUUGGCUGCAGCCAGCUGCUGAUUGACCGGAAGAUCCACGUGCAGCACUGUGCGAGCGGUAUUGCCUCUUUGGAUGCAAAGGGCAUGCUUCUCGCCGAUGGGACUUAUCUCCAAGCUGACAUUGUGGUCCUGGCAACGGGGUACGCCAACAUGCGCGACUCAAUCCGCCACACCCUCGGCGACACGGUGGCCAACCAAUGCAAGGACGUGUGGGACUUGGACGAGGAGGGGGAAAUCAAGACGAUCUGGAGACCGAAUGGCCACCCCCAUUUAUGGCUCAUGGGAGGAAGCCUAUCACUGUGUCGAAUCUACUCCCGAUUUGUGGCACUGCAGGUUGCCGCCACUGAACUUGGGCUGACGGCGCAGUGAGGGUGCAUUUGAUUCGAGAGGGACUGUCUGGCUUGCGUGACACAGUUCGCCAGUUCUUUUUCUUUGUCUGCGACGUAAUGUCCAAUAGAAGUCUUUAUGGAGCCG